AUGGAAGAGCAACUUAUCGAGGCUGUAGAGCGAUGCCCCGAGCUAUACAGUCCUCAAAACCGAUACUACAAGGACCAAAAGACUCAACAUCCCCCAAAGCAACUUCGCCGGUUGUCUGUGUCCUGCGACUGCUCCACAGUAACACAUGUGGAGAGAGAGGAGAACCGCUGCCUGAGCCCGAACCUGAGCCCGAACCUGAGCCUGGACCUGAGCCUGGACCUGAGCCCGGACCUGAGCCCGGACCUGAGCCCGAACCUGAGCCCGAACCUGAGCCUGGACCUGAGCCCGGACCUGAGCCCGGACCUGAGCCCGGACCUGAGCCCGGACCUGAGCCCGGACCUGAGCCCGGACCUGAGCCCGGACCUGAGCCCGGACCUGAGCCCGGACCUGAGCCCGGACCUGAGCCCGGACCUGAGCCCGGACCUGAGCCCGGACCUGAGCCCGGACCUGAGCCCGGACCUGAGCCCGGACCAUGGACAGACGUCAGUUCACCGCCUCCUUGAUGGCGGGCGGCUGCGCUGGGAUGAAGCUGGAGGCUUCAGGAGGAUCUACGCAGGAGUCCCCACGGCCGCCAUCGGCUCCUUCCCCAACGCCGCUGCGUUCUUCGUCACCUAUGAAAGCACCAAGUCCCUGCUGGGGGCUGCUGGGCUCCUCGCGGCCCCCCACCUGGCACCUGUCACUCACAUGUUCGCAGCCUCCCUCGGAGAAGUGCUAGGGGACUACAGGGUCCAGCUAGGGGACUACAGGGUCCAGCUAGGGGACUACAGGGUCCAGCUGGGGGACUACAGGGUCCAGCUGGGGGACUACAGGGUCCAGCUGGGGGACUACAGGGUCCAGCUGGGGGACUACAGAGUCCUUCCUCAGGCCCUCCGGGCCCUAGCUCUGGGCCCUAGCUCUGGCCCCCAGCUCCGGACCCCAGCGUUCUGCACUUUAGCAAAGGGAUUCGGCCUCAAAACCAUUCAGCAGCUCUGCAAUUUCCUCCAGCCAUGUUUCAAUCCUUGGCCGUGCAGAGUCCACUCCAUAUGGAGGCCUUUGGAGAUGGUGGUGGGGGGUGGAAAAGAAGGGGCCCCUCUGCGCUACACCUCCGCAGCAGAGCCUUCUUAA